AUGGCGCCCGCCGUCCAGGUGCUGGUCGGCGCGCUGGGCGGCCUGCUCGGCCUCGCAUGGCGGACCUGCGCCGAGCACUCGCCGCCGCUGCUGCUGCUGCGGGAGCGCAGCGUCGCUAACGACUCGCAGGAGGUGGCAGAGCCGCGCGUGGAGGCCGCUCGCGAGACCCAUAUGGCGGCGGCGGCGGCGGCGGGCCCGGUGGCCGCCGCCCACCCGCUGCUCACCCUGCUGCUGGUGCUGGUCAUCGGUUCGGCCAGCGUGGCCGCUGCGCUCGGUCUGCAGCGAGUUCUGCGCCGGCUCGUGCACCGCGACAGGUUAGGCAGCUACCGAUACUUCAGAGUCAACCAGGACGACGACGGGGAGCUGGCAGAAGUCAAUGGAGAAUAUCAGAUGGGACUGGAUGACUCCAGCGAAGAUGAGCUGGGGCCGGCCCGGCUGCCGGUGAAUACGCCGGAAGCGGCUGAGGUCCGGCGCAGCUGCGGCCGCUCGCCGCCUCCCGAGGCCAAGUCCCUCCUGAUCGAGUCCUCCGAUGAGGAACUGAUCCAGUGAAUCACCCCCGUCAGCCAUUUCAUAUGUAAACCUUGCACAGCACGCUCACGUCUCCAGCGGAGACAGUGGCAUGUCACGCGCCAUGUUUGACAUGUGUACAGCCUUCGCGAAAUGCAUGAGAUCAGCGAGUGAAAGCUCUUGUUUUGUAGAGAUUUGGUUUAAGUUUUAUCGUGAACAACUUUUGCGUGCGGAGUGUGAGUUAUUUGGCAUGUGUGUACCUAAGCAUAUUCCUCGGGCCGAGCUCCUUUGCCUAGGGCCUAAGCACUCUGUGAAAUGACCAUGGUUAACGAAUGACAGGACAUUGUCAUGCCAUAUGUAGGCAUUCUGCCAUGGUUAGGAGCUUCCGGGCGAAAACUUGUAUAGACUUCAUUGCUGACCAAAGUUCAUUAUGCUUCUCGCAAAGCUUGUGCUUGAAUCCGAGAUGGCUCAUCGGUGGCUCCGUCAUCAGCCCUGAGGCAAGGAUGGACGGCGGGGGAAAGGAUGAAUUCGCGGAGAAAAUAACGUCAACAUGAUGGCGUUGCACAAGAAGAAAAAUCUGAAAAAAUGGCUUGGUCUUGGUCAACUCUGCACCCAGUAAUUUAUUCAGAAUUUAUAUAUUUGCGGUAGAACCAGACACAAGUAUGUCUCUCGCCAGUUCCUAUGUACAUAUUCAUCAAUGCCUGCAUGUAAAGAAAAGGACUUUUUAAGGAGAGAACUGGGCGAUGCCGCCAUAUUUUGCUACGCAUGCGCUAUAAGCCUGCAUGAGAAACCCACGUAGGAUUUACUAAUUCCCUAACGUUACACUUCUACACUACAUACUGUGAGUACAUGAUCCCUCAUACUUUCAUUUGGCCGAUGACCACGUGGUCCUUUACGCAGCGAAAACGCACGGGCACGCUCAAUGUGCAAGGUCAUAAGUGACAGCGUGCCGCCCACACGUGCCGCAGGUGGGAGGCAGCAUGUCCCCUCUAUCGUGUGCCCUUCCAUCAGGAAAAUACGGAUACUUUUCGUACCAUAUUUUUCAUUUCAUAUCAAACAUUUCGGCGUUUAAAAGGCCAAAACUGCGUAAGGUGAAGCACCAUGCGUAUCCAACAGUUCCAGCGCAGCAUUCCUGCAGGAGAGCACAUCUGGGCCACACCCGGCGACCGAGCGUGUUCUGAGGCGGUAGCCGCAUGGCUGCGGCCAAGAUUACCUCACUCACCGAUGUAUGAUGUCAAUGUUACAUUAUCACGAAGUUAUGUUGCACCAAUGUACACGCCCCGCCCUGCCCAGCCUCGCCAGUGCAAGUUGUGUGUGCGCGUGUGUUUGUGACGCAGUGUUCAUGCCGGUCCAGCUGUUUUUCAAUACACUCAGGUACCCGAUACGGUAUCCAGGGUC